AUGGACCACAACAUGCAGGAGAAAGUGUCCAUGGCAGAGUUUCAACGCUUGGGCGAUGCUGUGUUGACUCUGAAGGGGAAGGUCGGAUCGCUGGAGCAAAACCUCCGAAAAGGCGCCGAGCAUGUCACUGAUGUGGAGGGCGCCGUGGUGGGUUUCGGGAAGCAGCUUGCAACUUUCAAGCAGGCGUUCAGCGAUUUGAGCCACUCUUCGCAGGCAAGAAUGCUGACGCUUGAUAUUGACCAUCUCCCAGGAGACCGCAAGAGUCGGGCUCAUCGUGAUGCUCCACGAUCUCCAUCUAGAAGCCGCAGCUGA